AUGUGGAUAUUACCUCUGCUCGGAUACUUGGGAGUUGUGCUGGGGUUUGCCUUUCUUACGCUCGCCAUAGCUUCGGGAUUGUACUAUCUUUCCGAGCUUGUCGAAGAGCAUACAGUGCUUGCGAAGAAGCUUCUCACGAAUUUGAUAUACGGCGUGAUUGGGAUCCAACUCAUGCUUCUCCUCGUCGAUGGAUUCCCCUUCGGACUGAGCAUGCUGAGUGUCGCGUCCCACAUCUUAUACGCGCAGAACCUACGACGGUUUCCGAUUGUCAAACUCACGGACCCAUUGUUCCUGAUAUCCUGCGGUCUCGUCAUCCUAAACCACUACCUCUGGUUCCGCCACUUCAGCGCCACGCCCCCGCACCACUCCUCCUCGCACUACCCCUACUCGCGCGACCCGUCCAUCCCAACCUUCACCGAAAUCGCCUCCUACUUCGGACUCUGCGUGUGGCUGGUCCCGUUCGCUCUGUUCGUCUCGCUAUCCGCCGGGGAGAACGUGCUCCCGUCGAUGGGCUCCGAGUACGCGACGGGAGAAGGGAGCAGUUUUAUAAGCCCCGGAAAAGAGCCGGCGGGCGGAUAUGGGAGCGGAGCGGCAGGUGUGGGAGGAGGUAUGGAGGGAAGGAGGAGACAAAGGAGUGGGACGAAUGCGGGCAUGGCGAAGGCGAUGGUUAAUGGGGUUAGAGAGUGGGUGGGCGAGACGGGAGAGGUUAUGGGAUUGUGGAAGGGGGAGAGGACGAGGCGUACUUUUUGA